AUUUGACAUGUCGGGUGUUGUUGGACCGUACCAAUAUGGCCGGCAAACGAGGGGGAGGUCCUGUCUUCGACCAGGGAUCAAACCAAAAGUGAUGACAUGCACGACCCUCAGUUUGUCUCGAGCCGGUCAGAUGGAGACAGCUGGGUGAAUUUAUCGACCUUUACGCACGAAUUACUACGACUUUUGUCCCGCCUGUUAGGAUAGAUCACCAAUGGGGAACUCCUAUGCGGGCCAGCUGCGGACCACGCGCUUUGAGGAGGUCCUUCACAACUCCAUCGAAGCAUCACUCAGGUCCAACAUCGUCGUGCCGCGGCCAGUUUUCUCCCAACUCUACCUGGAGGCGGAGCAGCCGUCGACACACAAUGGUCGCACGGAGAACGACGAGGAGGACGAAGAAGACGGCUCUGAAUCCAACAGUCCUCCAAUACCCUAUCAGAUGAAGCCCCCUCCUGAUGGAUGCUGCACCACAGAUGGCUUCUGUCAGGCAGGCAGGGAUCUGCGUCUUUCAUCACUGGCAUCAGACUCCUUGGAUUUGUUGCCGGGAUUCAUGCUGAUCGGGCUGAAGUCCCCCUCCCUUCCCGAGAACCUGCUGGUGGGCGCCGUGGACCAUCGUUUCCUGCCAGAUGAACGGGGUCACAACGCUCUGCUGGGCUUUUCGGGGUAUUGCAUGGGCUGUGGAGAAAAGGGCUUUCGCUAUUUCACAGACUUUGCCAACCACAUCAACCUGAAACUCAGCACCCAGCCUAAGAAACAGAAGCACUUAAAGUUCCAUCUGUACCGUGACAACCAAGGUGUGCUGGUUAAAGGAGCCCCCAUCUGCUGGAAGGGACACGGUAAGAUUGGUGGGCGGAUAAGACAGAUGAGCUCGAGUCUCUCUGAGACUCAUGCGGCGUCAGAUGAGCAGUCAUCGAGUGCGGCGUUGUUGCAUUCCUCACACGCACCUGGCAGCUAUGCAGCUGCAUCUCACGCAAACGGCGUCGCUCAAACUUCCGAUACCCCGCAGCCGCUGACAAAUGGCACCCACGCCGCUUCUUCAAGCACUCAGCCGGUGAUAAUUCAUUCGGGACCAGGGAGACCAUCAACUACAGGGUUGCAGACAAAUGCCGGACCCCCCAAAAAGAGGCAUAAGGGUUGGUCUCCUGAAACGUCAAGUGCUUUGCUAGAAAACGCAGGGAAGACGCCAACAUCUUCACUUUUGACAUCAUCAACAGUAACUGCAAAUGGAGCCAGAUUGGAUGCCUCUGCCACGCUGAGCUCCUCACAGAGGUCCUUAAGCACGCUUUCUCCCUCUGGGCUGUCUGUAGCUGUGCCUGAUCAGCUGUUGCACACUUGCGGAUUACAACCUGUCAUCUUUAAAGGUCAUGGCCCUCUUCCACAGCUGACUGGCAAUUUUAGUGAAGUACUCGUCAGCUCUCUUCUGCAGAGUUGCUACUUGAGCUCUCAGACCCUCCCUAGAGUCUAUCAGCACUACGGACCCUCGCCCAUUCAGCCACUGUCUACUGAGAUGCAGAUCCUCCUCACUGUCUACUACCUUGUUCAGCUCGGCCCCGAGCAAGUGCCCCUGAUUGAGGACUUGGAGCAGAUAUUCAUGAGAUCAUGGAGGGAAUCCCACCUCAGUGAAAUCAGACAUAAUCAACAACCUCAGACAGCAGCCACCCAAGGGCGGCACUAUGGAAUUGAGGCCCCUCCUGCCCUUCCAGGGCUCCCUCAGCAUCUUGGCAUAGCACCACAGCAGCCUCUGACGCCCAGCCAGCUUCCUUGGCUCGCUCAGCUGGCCGCGUCGUCCUGCGGAGAAGGGGUGGUGGUGUUGGGGGAACAAGUUGGAUCUUUGGCUCAGGGCCUUCAGCAGAUGUUUAGCAAGUUAAUGGAGGGACGCUUUGAAAACACAAAUUACAUCGUCGUCAUUGUGACCGCUUCUGGACAUGAAACGCAGUCCUGUGUGGUUGUCACAGGUAAACACCAGUGUCGGGCUUUGGCCGAAAAUAUGUUUUCUCCCAAUGAGGGUUUAAGAGAAAUCAACCAGCAGCUUUCCUCUGGUGAAGCCCAGGAGCUAAUCCAGUUCUGCAGUUCCCUCGGACAAGACGGUGAUAUGGAUUUCCUCCUGGACAGCGCAACCUUGGACAGCAACGAGCCUUCUCCCUUAUCCAGCGGUCAGGAAUCAUCGGAGGAAAAAAGCAUGAAAAACACACACAGUCCAAAAGACUCAAACAGCCCUAAAGAUAAAAUUCUGCCUUCUAAGGAAACUUGUUCAGAGUUCUCAGUGGAGUGGCGGGACAUCCGACCCAUCCAGUUGGCAGUAGCCAGAAAGCUGCUGUCUCACGUUUGCGCCAUAGCAGACUCCAGCACACAGAACUUGGACCUCGUGUCCUUCGACAGAGUCAACUUCCUCAUCCUGGUCCCGCCCUCCGAGGUCACCUUUCAACAGACUGUGCUCCACCUGUGGGGCUCUGGUGUUCUCCAAGAACUCGGAAGUCUGGAGCAAGAUUGUGUGUCUCAGCGGGAGGCUGAGCGCUAUGUGGUGAAAAUGGAUCAAAGCGCUCAAGUGCGAGUUGACAGCCUGAUACAGGAAGCACACAGCAACUCCUACACGCUUUACAUCCUGGUCCAUGACCACGCCCACUGGGACGUCAGCAGUGCUUCUUACUGUAGCGCGGACUCGGGUUUGGGUCUGGUGGACCAACUGCUGAAUUCCAGACGGGUCAGAGAUGCUCCAAACAUUCUGAUUCUCCACGUUACUUCCUUCCCGUUUGCUCUGCAGACACAAUUCACACGCAUCAGCCCCUAUAAUGAGAUCCACUGGCCACCUUCAUUCAGUAAUGAUGUGGAUUUGUAUCACGAGAGAACUCGCUACUUUGGUGUGUCAGAGCUUUUAGAGUCGACACGCUCGGGAAGCAGCCUGCCACUGAUGCGAUGCGAUUCUUCUUUUGAGAGCAUGGCAUCUGCCCUGGAGGAAAGGUUUCCAAAGCUGCACAGCGCCGUGAUCCGUACGACAGUUCUGAUCCACCACUACUGCACGGCACUGAUGGCCGUUUCUGGAAGAAUCGGCGGCACACACAAUCUCCACAAGCACACGUCUGUGGAGACCCUGGGCAUCGUGCAGGAGCUGCUCAGUGCCGCCCAGCAAUGCCCCGCCCACCACGGUCACAUGAUCCUUCUGCGCAUCCCCUCGCUGGCUCUGGCGGCGUGGGCGCAUCGGCGGCUAUCCCGGGUGAGGAGACAGCUGGGUCUUGAAGAGAGAUUUGAGAUCAUACUAGGGAAUCCAAGCCAGCCACUGAAUGUUGGACACAGCUUUAUUGAUCAAAUUAAGCUAUGGCUAAAAAUCCAAGAAGCUGAUUGGGUGCCUCGUACCUACUUGGAGCUUGAAGCGCUUCCUUGCAUUCUGAUCCUGACGGGAGCUGAACCUCAAGGAGAAUCACUUCCCAGGUCACUAAAGUACUGUGACCUUCGAGUGAUAAGCUGCUCCUAUCUUCAACGUACCACACUGGAGCAAGAGUUGGGACUCGCGGCAUACCUGCUGAAGGCGGAGUCCCGAUCCCCGCAUAACCCGGGGCCGGGAAGUGACCUGCUGGAGAGCGAUGCGGAAAAACUCAGUAGCACCGACAAUGAGGAAGAGGAGGGCCAGGAAAAUGAAAGCUCUCCUGUGUCCUCCAACCAGCCGCUCCAGUCCAGCCCGGAUGUUGCAGCAGCAGCAGCAGCAGCAGACCCGUCUCCAACCCAGAGCAGCACAUCAACGUCCCCAAAAGCUCCAAAGAGCACAGUGGAAACCACGCCGUCUCCCUCUCCAGCUCACACUCAACUUCCUCCCCAGUCGUCUUCUCAGCCAUUUGUAUUCCAUCAACCUUCAAUUCUUCACCCAAGUCAGUUGAUAGCCCAAACUUAUUCCCUGGCCCAACCCAUUUUCCAGCCGCAGAUUCUGAGCCAGAGCCAGUUACUAGCUUCAGCGAACCCCCAACUUUACUUCCAAACGCUCCCGCAGCACCAAAUCCCCCACGCACCGCCCCAACAGCUGGCCCCUGCCCGGCCUCGUCGUCACCCUUCCAAAUCCACUUCUUCUAGCUCUUCGUCGCCCCGAGCCUCUUCGCCUCAUCUGAGCUGCUCCUGGGCACGGGGAGUAAGUCGGCCGCCCUCCGUGCUCCUCCCCCGCUCACUUUACGACAUCAUCACGGCCAACGAUGGCAGCGGCCUCCCGCGAUGCACCUCCUUCCUGCCGCAUAUGUCGGUAGCGUGGGCCAGCAGCUUCAGACCUUUGCUGAGUAAGAUGAUGACGUGCACAGAACAGUCGCUUUACUACCGCCAGUGGACGGUCCCCCGCCCUUACCACAUGGACAGCAGCAAUCGCACCGAAGGACGCAGCGACAACUUUCACCCUCGCAGGCUACUUCUCAGCGGACCCCCGCAGGUGGGUAAGACCGGCGCGUACCUGCACUUCCUGGGUAUUCUGUCUCGGAUGCUGAUCAGGCUGAUGGAGGUGGAUAUCUACAAUGAAGAGGAAAUCAAUUUAAAUGUCCAAUUAGACAGGGUUCAAUACAGCCCGCCCAAUGCCUUGUGGCCGGACCCAGACGUUAUGAAGACUUUACCCUUUGACUACAUAGUCCACGACCCCAAAUAUGACGACAUCAGCUUGGUGUACUGCCCUGGAUAUAGACCAGCCUCUGAUGCCAACCCAGCGCACCAAGAGGAAGUGUGCCUCCGGAGGCGCACAACCAGGAUCAAACUGUCCAAGUAUGCGGCCUUUAACACUUAUCACCAUUGUGAACAGUGUCACCUCUACUUGGGCUUCAACCCCAGAUACCAGAUGUAUGAGUCUACGCUGCAUGCCUUCACGUUCACCCAUUUGCUGCUUGGAGAAGAAAUCCAGCUCUACUUCAUCAUCCCCAAGUCCAAAGAGCACUACUUUAGUUUCAACCAACCGGGAGGCCAACUGGAGGGGAUGCGGCUGCCUCUCGCCGCUGACCGGAGCCCGGACUGCAUCAAGAGUCCAAUCUUCACUCCGACCACUGGGCGCCAUGAACACGGUCUCUUCAACCUUUACCAUGCCAUGGACGGAGCCUCACAUCUCCACAUCCUGGUGGUCAAAGAAUACGAAAUGGCCGUCUACAAAAAGUACUGGCCCAACCACAUCCUGCUGGUGCUGCCUCCUGUCUUCAAUGGCGCUGGGAUAGGAGCUGCUCACUUCCUGAUUAAAGAGCUUUCAUACCACAACCUGGAGCUGGAGCGCAGUCGUCGGCAGGAGGGCAGCGGCUCCAUCAGUGACGUCUGGCCCUUCAUUAUCCUGGCGGACGACUCGUGCGUAAUGUGGAACGUGGUCGACUUCGACGCACGCAAUAGUCCAGUGGAACAUUCCGCGUCACUGAAGCAAGUGUUGCAGCACAUGGAAGGCUGUCCUGACCUGGCACACUACGGCCUGUGCGGGAUUAGAAAGUGGAGCAGUCGUGUACUCGCCGGCCCCAAUCAGAGAGAGCCUUUCUCCAGAGGUCACCUCCAUGACUUCCUCCUUCUCAACGUGGACCGGAGUCAGAACGUCCAAUACGACCAGAAUCGUUUCACUUGUCACGACGUCGACUUCACCCUGCGACUGCACAGCGCCGGACUGCUCGUCUGCCGCUUUAACAACUUCAGCGUUAUGAAAAAGCAGAUCGCCAUCGGAGGUUACAGGACCUUCAUCAUCAAGACGAAGAUGAUGGACGUUCCCACUUCAGUGGGGCCCUCUCAGUACGUCUGUGCCCCCGACAGCAAGCACCUUUUCCUGGCCACCCCGGCUCAGCUUCUCCUGGAAAAAUAUCUCCAACACACCAGCCACAAGCUCUUUCCUCUCAGCACCAAGAACUACGAACACCCGGUCCUGUCUGUGGACUAUUACAUUAACCUGGGCCCUGAGGUGACGGUGUGUUUCGUAAGUUCAAGACCACACUCGGUCAACAUCUGCACCACAGGCCUGCUGUUCAGCGGCCUUCUCCUCUGUUUCGCCGACGCAUUCGUGACCCCCAGCUUCCUCAAGAAGUUCACCUUUCUCAAAGGCGCGACUCUUUGUGUGAUCGGUGCAGAUCGUAGCUCCUUGAGGCAAACGGUCGGCCGGCUAGAGCUGGAAGAGGAGUGGAGGUUCCGGCUCAGCGACGAAUUCCAGACAGCAAACGCCAAGGAGGACCGACCCCUCUUUUUCCUGACAGGAAAACACAUAUGACGUGGAAUGAAGACUUGGACAAAAAGUAUUGUUUACAUGCAUGAUAUGUGCUUUGAACUGAAAACUGCCAUUUACAAUCCCUUGAAGAAACUCACCACUUGGGGAUUUCUCAGCGUACGAGCAGGGAGCCUGCUUUUUGGCAAUAAAUUCGUGGGAUUUGUAUCAAAAGUGAGGCACUGAGAAAAAAAUAAGGAGGUUUUUGGAAAGUAAUGAUGAUGAUAACUUAGUGCUUCACAUCUUUUUGUGCACUUUCCUACUAAAUGUGUGUGAGAAAACGAUGCAGGUACAAGUGUGUGCAAUGUCUUGAUGCAAUAUUCUGCAGCUUUACUUUCUGCAGACCUGUAAUGGUCGACACAAUCAUUCAUUGUAUGAGGGUAGCCGAUUUUUGGCAACAAGUGUUUUUUUUUCCCAAUAGAUGUACAUGUAUUUGCAUGUUAAUUAUUUUAAGAGUAUUUUGAGUACUUAUUUACUGCAUGUGUAAGACUGGCUGUUGUUUCUUUGUCAGGAUGUAGACUUUGUAUUGCUUCCAUUUAAUUUUUUUUAUACUGUAAAUUGCAUUUCACAAUGUACAGCUUUGAACGCAUUCAUUUGUAUAAAUGUACAGAUAUUUGUAACUUCUCUUGUGUUGUGUUUUUUUUUUCAAUCCUAAUGUUCAUUUUUUAAGUUUUUUAAUUUCUUCAAUGGUACUAUUUGCCUUCCAUGCUAUUUUUAUCUGUACUUCUUCAUCCCUCACUGAGCUAUGUGUCAAGUUUUACACUUUAAUAAUAGAUGUCUGAUACUU